GAUGUGGCACAGUUGCGCGUUGCCUGCCUCUGGCUCGAAACAAGGUGACCCCAAUAAGGACAUUGCGUCAGUGCUGUACUUGCUACUGGAGAGGUGUUGUGUCUUGUGGAGUCAUGAGGCAUCCGACGGAGCCUAGAGAUGAGAUCCGUGAGCAUUGCAAGGAACUGCUAUUAACUGAUGUUCAGAUCAGUGAGAUAAUGAAUCGGCUUCUGGAGGACAUCCAACUGGGCCUCCGGAAAGACACUCACGAAAAGGCUAUUGUCAAAUGUUUUGUGACCUAUGUUCAGGACCUGCCCAAUGGCACUGAACGAGGAAAAUUCUUGGCACUGGAUCUUGGUGGUACAAAUUUCCGUGUGUUGAUCAUAACUCUUGGAGAAAAGCACUUUGAUAUGAAAUCAAAGAUUUAUGCCAUACCACAAAGUAUUAUGUUGGGAUCGGGAACACAGCUGUUUGAUCACAUAGCAGAAUGCUUGGCAAACUUUAUGAAGGAGCACAACGUGGGAGAUGAACGACUCCCUCUUGGAUUUACGUUCAGUUUCCCGCUCACACAGAAGGGACUCACGAAGGGUUUACUAGAACGGUGGACAAAGGGGUUUGAUUGCAGUGGAUGCGUCGGGGAAGAUGUGGUUCGACUUCUGAAGGAUGCUCUUGCCAGAAGAAAUGAUGUACAAAUUGAUGUUUGUGCCAUUCUCAAUGACACAACAGGAACAUUAAUGUCUUGUGCAUGGAAGAAUUUCAACUGCAGGAUUGGCCUCAUUGUCGGAACAGGCAGCAAUGCGUGUUAUGUUGAAAGUGUUGACGGAGACAGAUCAAAACCAUACGUUGUCAUCAACACGGAGUGGGGAGCAUUUGGCGAUGAUGGACGGCUAGACAUUGUCCGUACGGAGUACGAUCGUGAAAUCGAUCAGCACUCUAUCAACCCAGGAAAACAGCUACAUGAGAAAAUGAUCUCUGGAAUGUACAUGGGUGAACUUGCGAGGUUGAUCCUGGUCAAGUUUACUAAACAAGGUCUCUUGUUUGGAGGAAAGGGCUCUGAUCUGCUCUACAAGAGGGGAAACUUCUUCACUAAAUAUGUUUCUGAAAUUGAGAGUGACAAGAGGGGAAGCUACGUGAACUGCCGGCAAGUGUUGGAUGAACUGGGCCUGAGCCAUGCGACCGACCAAGACUGCAGCAACGUGCGUUACGUAUGCGAGUGUGUGUCAAGGCGUGCCGCACAUCUCGUGUCGGCUGGUGCGGCCACACUGAUUAACAAGAUGGGCAAAGAUAACGUGACUGUGGGUAUUGAUGGUUCAGUGUACCGUUUUCAUCCGCACUUCCACGACCUCAUGACCGAGAAGAUUGCACAGCUAGUAACACCUGGCAUUAAGUUUGACAUCAUGCUUUCGGAGGAUGGAAGUGGACGAGGCGCGGCUCUAGUGGCAGCCGUAGCUUGUAGGGAUCGGUGAAGUAGACGCAAUUUGUAACGUAAUGAAACUAUGAUUAGAACUGUUUGUACACAUUAGACUACUUGGGUUCCUAUAGAUGUAAUUUUGAAGACCACAAUAUCAAGUAUGUUUGUAAAGUGUACUUGCUGUGAUAGUGGACAGAGCCACCGUAGAUCGAUCGGCGAGGACGAACUUACUUCCGUACGAAGGAUAAAUAUCUGUUUGUGUGCGUUUGUACUCGAUGAAUAGGAAGUGUAUGAUCAUCUGGACUGUCUGAUCCAAGUGAAGGAAAUAAUCUUGCUACACAGCAUGGAGGCUGAAGAAUGCAGUUGAGAUUUUAGUUUCACAGUUCUUCAAAUGAACUUGUUUUUGUUGUAAUUUAUUACAUUUAUGGAAUAUUUAGCUGUUGCCAAAUUUUUAAAUUGAUAUUUAAAGUUAUUUUUUAAUUGUAUGAAUAUGCAAACUGAAGAUUAUUUUAGAUGAAAUUAUAAAUAAACAUUGUUUUAGAAUUUUAAUUGUUGUUUCUGCAUGCAGUAAGUUACUUAGAAUUUCCAAGCAGUGUAUAAAUAUAAAGUCCGCAGAGUAUAAGAA